AUGCCCCGCGGCUUCCUGGUGAAGCGCAGCAAGAAGUCCACGCCCGUGUCCUACCGGGUCCGCGGCGGCGAGGACGGCGACCGCGCGCUGCUGCUCUCGCCAGGCUGCGGGGGCGCCCGCGCCUCGCCCCCGGCGCCGAGCCCCGGGCCGGGCCCUCUGCCGCCGCCGCCCGCCGAGCGCGCCCAUGCGGCGCUCGCCGCCGCGCUCGCCUGCGCGCCGGGCCCGCCGCCACCCCCGCCGGGGCCGCGGGCCGCGCACUUCGGCAACCCCGAGGCCGCGCACCCCGCGCCGCUCUACAGCCCCACGCGGCCCGUGAGCCGCGAGCACGAGAAGCACAAGUACUUCGAGCGCAGCUUCAACCUUGGCUCGCCCGUCUCGGCCGAGUCCUUCCCCACGCCCGCCGCGCUGCUCGUUGGAGGCGGCGGCGGCGGCGGCGGGGCCAAUGGCGCGGGCGGCGGCGGCGGCACCUGCGGCGGCGACCCGCUGCUCUUCGCGCCCGCCGAGCUCAAGAUGGGCACGGCGUUCUCCGCGGGCGCCGAGGCGGCCCGCGGCCCGGGGCCCGGCCCCCCGCUACCCCCCGCCGCCUCCCUGCGGCCCCCAGGCAAGCGACCCGCGCCCCCCGCCGCCGCCGCCGCCGAGCCGCCCGCCAAGGUAGCCAAGGCCCCAGGCGCCAAGAAGCCCAAAGCCAUCCGCAAGCUGCACUUCGAGGACGAGGUGACCACGUCGCCCGUGCUGGGGCUCAAGAUCAAGGAAGGCCCGGUGGAGGCGCCGCGGGGCCGCGCGGGGAGCGCGGCGCGGCCGCUGGGCGAGUUCAUCUGCCAGCUCUGCAAGGAGGAGUACGCCGACCCGUUUGCGCUGGCGCAGCACAAGUGCUCGCGCAUCGUGCGCGUGGAGUACCGCUGCCCCGAGUGCGCCAAGGUCUUCAGCUGCCCGGCCAACCUGGCCUCGCACCGCCGCUGGCACAAACCGCGGCCUGCGCCCGCCGCCGCCCGCGCGUCCGAGCCCGAAACCGCUGCCAGGGCUGAGGCGCGGGAGGCGACGGGCGGCGGCAGCGACCGCGACACGCCGAGCCCCGGCGGCGUGUCCGAGUCGGGCUCGGAGGACGGGCUCUACGAGUGCCACCACUGCGCCAAGAAGUUCCGCCGCCAGGCCUAUCUGCGCAAGCACCUGCUGGCGCACCACCAGGCGCUGCAGGCCAAGGGCGCGCCGCCGGCGCCCCCCGCCGAGGACCUACUGGCCUUGUACCCCGGGCCCGACGAGAAGGCGCCCCAGGAGGUGGCCGGCGACGGCGAGGCGGCUGGCGUGCUGGGCCUGAGUGCGUCCGCCGAGUGCCACCUGUGCCCAGUGUGCGGGGAGACGUUCCCCAGCAAGGGCGCCCAGGAGCGCCACCUGCGCCUGCUGCACGCCGCCCAGGUGUUCCCCUGCAAGUACUGCCCGGCCACCUUCUACAGCUCGCCCGGCCUCACGCGGCACAUCAACAAGUGCCACCCAUCCGAGAACAGACAAGUGAUCCUCCUGCAGGUGCCCGUGCGUCCGGCCUGCUAG